AUGCAAUCUGCUCAAAUGUGGAAACGUAAAUCUAAGGUCGAAAAUAUAAGACGAGCCGAUCGGACGGGCACGAAUGUCUUCAGUGCGAAAGACAUGCAGAGCAUGCACGAUUCUUUGAAUAGUGAAUUCAUUCUGUAUCAACUUAUCCUGAGAAUUGUGUUAAAGAAAAACCACAACAAGACCCGGAAUCAACCAGCGCUGUACGAAUUUUUUCAGCCCGAUGACGAAAACGAUCAACGCACAAUGAUCGAAUACGAUCGUACAUACAAGCCAAAUCAAGCCAUCCACUGGUACACUCGAGAGAGUUGUAUUUAUCAGAUGCUAAACAAAGCUUUGCGAACACUACAUGUAGAUCAUAUUCUGGGUUUUGGCUCGUUGAUCCAUGAUAUAUAUUGGCAACUAUCAAAGGAACAAGUGUCUUUCAUUCGAAACCUGCGCACGCCUAUUCUUACAGUUUAUCGGGGACAAUUUAUAAGCAAAGAUGAACUAAUAAGGAUGAGAUCUUCUAUUGGUGAAUUAAUUGCGAUGAACUCAUUCUUGUCAACCAGUACAAAUCGUAGGGAAGCUUUGAAAUUCGUUACAUCAAGUCCACCACCAACUGAUACAUUGGCAUCAAUUUUAUUGGAAAUAGAUGUCUACACUGUUAAUUUAGCGCGACCAUAUGCCGACAUCAAACUAUUGAGUGCAUUUCAGAAAGAAGAAGAAAUUCUUUUCGCAUUCGGAUGUGUAUUUCGCAUUAAUGAAAUUGUGGAGGAUAAAGAUCUGAGAAUUUCAAAGGUUCAUCUCACCCUAUGUGGCGAUGAUGAUGAUGACUUAACAGCAUGCCUGUUAAUGUUAGCAAAGGAUGCGGACGAAAAAGACCAGCUGGUGGCACUCGGUCGUCAUCUACUUCAGAUGCAAAGAUUUGAUGAAUCCGAAACUCAUUACGAGACGCUCUUGGACAAUCGAUUGAUCACUGAUGAAUAUAGUUUGGCUGCUUGCUAUCAUGGAUUAGCCCAAGUGAAUAUCAAAAAGGGUGAUAUUAAUAUGGCAUUGAAAAACCUGAAAACUGCUCUCGAGUACCUACAAAAGAAUCCUGCUACGGCAAAUCACGUUCUUGUAUCGCAAUGUUACAAUGAUUUUGGAGCUGCAUAUUGUAAGAAAGGCGAUCAUCUGCAAUCAUUGAGGCAUUACAAUCAAGCAUUAAUCACAAAAAACAAUGACCCUUCCACAAGUUAUUCAGGUUUAGCAGACGUCGAACUUCAAUUAGGAAAUUAUAAACUGGCAUUGGAAUACCAGUAUAAAUGUCUGGAAAGGCUAUUGAAUGGUCGACAGUCAUUGCUCGGGAACACAUAUCGUAAUAUUGGUAAAAUCUAUGCUUUAUUGAACCAGAAAGAAUCAGCUUUGGCCAUGUUUCGCAAAUCAAUUGAAAUUCAAGCCAAAGCACUCGGCCCAAUGCAUCCCGAUCUGGGAUACACUUACAAUUCUAUUGGGUUAAUGUAUUUAGACCUCAAUGAUGACAAACAGGCAUUCGCAUUUAUUCAAAAAGCUUUCGCAAUUCAAACACAAUCCUUACCACACAAUCAUUCAGAUUUUGGAGAAACUUAUAGAAACUUUGGCAACUUGUAUUUAAAAAUAGGGGAUCUUGAUAAGGCACUGUCUCAUUUCAAUCAGUCACUCGAAAAUCAACUUACAAUUUUAUCAGCGAAACAUCCAGCAGUGUGUGACACUUAUGUACUGAUUGGAAAAGUUCUCUUGAAAAAGACCGAUUAUGAUGGGGCAUUAAGUUACUUCCAUAAAACUCUUGACAGCCAUUUGGAAAGAAAGAGGAUUGGCGAUCCAGCCUUGACCGAGAUGUAUGAACUGAUUGGUGAUACGAAUAUGAAAAAACAUGAUUUAGACGAAGCAUUGAAGUACUUCCACAAACUUCUCGGUAAUGAGCUAGAAAGAAAAGUGGUAGAAGACAUGUCUCUCUUUCACACAUACCAACUCAUUGCCGGCAUCUAUUGUGAAAAACAACAUUUUCGUCAAGCAUUGAUUUACUAUUAUCGCAUGCUUGAUUGUCAAUUGCAAGCCCGACCCUUCUCAGAAUCAGCCGUCAUUGAUUUAUAUACAAUGAUCGGAAAUAUUUAUCUGAAAAAGCCUUUUGAUCAAACAUUCAUUCAAUUCGAUCGAUCGACCAAUAUUGAAACACCAGAGAAGUCAGGGACAGAUGGAUCGUUACUCGAUACUCACACUAGAAUUGGCAAUGUUCAUUUCGAAAAAAGACAUCUCGAUCAAGUAUACGAGUAUUUUCAACAACUUCUGGAUGAUCAGCUAAAAAGGCUGCCAUCAAACGAUCCAUCCUUAACGGAUAUCUAUGCUAUCCUAGGAAACAUCGCCAUGGAAAAACAUGACAUUGAUCAAGCAUUUGCCUACUUUGAUAAAUUACUGAGCAAUGAAUUGGAAAUCAAAACCCCAGAAGAUCCAUCGCUGGCCGAUAAAUACAAAGUGAUUGGCGAUAUUCAUUUAGAAAAGCGUGACUUCGAUCAAGCCUUAUCUCAUUACAAUCGAUUCCUUGAUUGCCAAUUGCCACUGAAGCACAAUACUGAUUCGGUUUUUCACAUCAUAUAUGCCACGAUGGGAAAAAUUUAUCUAGGAACACCAUUGGAUAAACUAUUGGACGACUACACAAAAUCCAUCGAUCAUCGAUCAGCAGAUCAUCAAUUAUCACCUCAAUUGGAUCAAACUAGUGGCAACACCAAUGUCAAAGAACGACAUUUGAAUCGUGUUCGACAGUAUUUUCAGCAACGUCUGGACGAUCAGGGGAAAGUGGUGCCACAAGAUGAUGCAUCCUUGAUCGAAACCUUGAAAGUUCUCGGAAAUAUCUCCUUCGCGAUCCAUGACCUCGAGCAAGCAUCACUCUACUAUCGGCGCUUGUUAGAAAAUGAACUGCAGCGAAAAUCAUCGAAAGAUUCAUCAUUAGUCGAUACUUACAAAACGAUUGCCAACAUUUACUAUGAGAGACAGCAGUUGGAUAAAACAUUAACCUAUUGCCAUAAACUGAUAAAGAGCGAACUGCAAAGGAAAGCGUUGCACGAUAUCUCAUUCAUCGACAUUUAUUCAAUGAUGGCUCUGGUGCAUGCGGAAAAACACGAUUUCGAUCAAAGUUUACUUUACUACGAUCGAUUGAUCGGUUGCCACUUGCAACAAAUGCCGCUGGAUCAAUCACUAUUAGAUGAUGUAUAUAAGAAGAUGGGAGAAAUCUAUCUGAAGAAAACAUUGGGCGAAGUUCUUGAUCGCUCCCAAAUAUUGACUGAUGAUCCAACAGGAUCAAAAGAUAGUGUUCACGCUGAGAAGAAGCAUGUAGACCACGAAAUAGUCGGCAGUGAAAAACCCCAAGUUGGUUCGGGCCUGUGCGCCUUUUUGACGGAGAUAUGAGUUAAUUAAUAAAAUUGCCAUUAAUAAUAAUUAAUUAAUAGCUCACGACCAUGAUCCGCUAGGAGUUGGAAAUUUUCACCACAGUUGAAGAUACAUUUUGUCUACUCACUGCGACACUUUUAAGCUUAUAAACCAAAGCUUUUGUAGGAUAUGAAUUUUUUAUGAUUUAGACAGUUUUUAUGAUUUAAACUGUCUAAAUCAUAAAAAAUUUAUAUCCUGCAAAAGCUUUGGUUUAUAAGCUUAAAAGUGUCGCAGUGAGUAGACAACAUCUAUCUUCAACUGUGGUGAAAAUUUCCAACUCCUAGCGGAUCAUGGUCGUGAGCGAUUAAUUAAUUAUUAUUAAUGGCAAUUUUAUUAAUUAACUCAUAUCUCCGUCAAAAAGGCGCCAAACCAACUUGGGUUUUUCACUGUUGACUAUUCCCUACAUGACCAAAAUAGUCUGAGUCGAAAAGCUUUUAAUCACCUCGAGAGGUUCCCUCGUCAGUGUGUCGAUUAUCUGUGUUUCCAUUCGUUUUCGGAAUUACCACCCAUAAAGAAAUAUCGAUCAUGGGACUCUCAGGAAAUUCGAUGUCAGAUCUGAACCACGAACAAUUAAGGAGUUACACAUAAGACACUUUGGACUAUGUAUCUAUAGAAAAACUGGCAGAUUUCUACCUUAACCUCCAGACUAGGACUGUAAAAGUUCCCGUUACUUCUUCGUCCGUUGUGGACAACGGUAACAGUUACCGUUACUUUAACGAUAACUGCCUUUCGAGUUACCGUUAAAAUAAUGGUAACUGACUUAUCAGUUAGCGUUAAAUUAACGGUAACUGUCUUUUCAGUUACCAUUGGUUUAACGCUAACUGAAAACACAGUUACCGUUAAAACAACGGUAACUAUCAGUUAGUUAACUUUACGGUAACUAUCAGUUAGUUAACUUUACGGUAACUGUUUCUUUCUCCCGAAGUGAACGUAAAAUCAGAAUCGACUAGUAUACCGACAAGUCGGAAAUGUCGAAAGUUCUUUUUCGACCAGUCGAGAUUUUUGCCGACCAGUCGGUAUGUAGUCCGAUUAUCGACUAGUCGGAAUUCUUAACUAGUCGAACAUCGGCUCAUCAACAUCGGCUAGUCGUCGUUUUUUCGACUAGCCGGUAACUAGUCGAUCAGUUCGCGACUAGUCGAAAUCAUAAAAUCACUCAUUCACCGUUUUCUUUUCUUGUUUGUACUACUGACUAGUCGUAGUACAAACAUACAACACCGAAACAAUAAUUUUGACGAGUCGGUUGAUAGUGGGAGUUGAACCAGUCAGAACAUGAUACUUGACUGAUUUAUAAUUCUACUAAUCGGUCGAUUUUACUGUUUAUUCUCUCAGUUCGCAAGUAGUGGAAUGGUGUGGUCCCAGAAAUUGGUUGAAAUAAGCCAGACUAAAAGUAGCUAUCCUUAAAAAUUCNUAGAUACAUAGUGUGGUCCCAGAAAUGGUGUAAAAAAUAUGCUGACAUAUGGUAAUUUGUGAAAAAUUGUUCAGAAGGAAAGAAUUGUUUAUUAACUCAUUCUUCUAUAUUCGAAUCCGUCAGAUGUCCUUCGAGUAUCACGUCAUUAACUUGGGUGGUGGACGGUGAACGAUGACACAUGACAGAAGGAGGGAGAGUUGAGAGUGCACGGCGGAAGGCAGUCAUAAAAAUAAAUUAACAGAUUUCGAAGUUACCUCUCGAAGUUUAGCUUACGGAUGUGCGCUUGAGAUAUACAAGUUUUCUCUUGUAUAACGAAUUGCACACAUUGACCGACACAGUCACCUUUCAGAUUUUGAAUUUUUAAGGAUAGCUACUUUUAGUCUGGCUUAUUUCAACCAAUGAAAAAUUGUGACUGGAACUCUACAAUAGCCAACGUAAUGGCACUGAGUGCAUUAAUGCCAUACGUUUCACACAACUUUUAUUGGGCAAGCUCCUUAACUAACAAUUUAUUUUUUAUUUCUCCUUUUGAGGGUGAGAUUAAAACGCUUAAGAUUUUUGCUUAAGCUUAACGCUUAAGAUUGAUGAUUGGUUGAAAUUCUUAACUUAAAAAAGCAGUUAAGUUUAUAUUUAAAUGCAUAUUACACGACCCAAUUGUUCAAAGAACUUUAUUUCUUGAAGAAAAAAGCUAACUGACAAGUAAAAGAUGUCGCUGUGAAUCACUAACUCAAUUCAUCUCGUUGUAGCAGCAUUUGCGCCUACCUUACUGAGACGAGUCGGCUUGCCUCAGCAGGAAAUGCAAACGUGAUUUACACUUUGUGACGACUUAUAUUUCCUCUAAUUAUAAGUCCGUGAGUUUAUUGUAUGCGAAGCAAAGAAAAUAUCGUCAAAACAGAAAUAUAGGUGUGGCACUAAAACACGCAGUCGACUGAUCCUGUGGAACGCAACUUAGCUGAAAAAAAUUGUUUGUAACAUCACUGUAUCGAAUCAACUUGUGUCAUGUGUAAUAUCAAAUCUUUUUCAAUGGUUUUUCAUUUGAGGGAAAACAUAAUCAGAUUUUUCUGAAGCGACUUUCCA